GAAAUAACCGAACCGCUGUCGCUCACGCUGAGCCCACCCGUUGGCGCCCGACGAGCAGUUGGGGCCGCCAUCGGGAUUCAGAAAAUAGCCCCACGCUGCCCCUCGUUGGUGAUGUCCUCUACCUCCACGCUUCAUGUUGCCUUCGAGUUCUUAGGCCUCACACGAAUCUUUCGAUCGUUCCAGGGCUGUUCGAUCUUUUCCAAUUCCACAAUGCAUAUCCUCGUCACCAACGACGACGGCCCCCCAUCGGCACAGUCGUCGCCGUACGUCCACUCCCUCAUCAACCAUCUGCAAGCCGCGGGCCACGUCGUCUCGGUCUGUCUUCCGCACACGCAAAGAUCAUGGAUCGGAAAGGCGCAUAUGAUCGGGCAGACCCUGAAACCUGUGUACUACCGCCCCUCAAAGAAUCCACAUGACGCGGACGAGGGCUCGACGCACACGAGACCGCACGCUGGAGACGAACAAGAGGAAUGGGUGCUCAUCGACGGGACGCCUGCGAGCUGCGUACAAAUUGGGCUCCACCACUUCUUCCAAGAGCGAGGACCGAUCGAUCUCGUCGUAAGCGGGCCAAACUAUGGACGAAAUACCACGGCAGUGUUUGCCCUGAGUUCAGGGACGCUGGGUGCAGCGCUCGAGGCAGCGGUGUGCUGCCGCAAGUCCAUUGCGCUGUCGUUUGCCUUCUUCACGCGGAAUCACGACCCCCAGAUCAUCGACGAAGCCUGCCGGCACAGUGUCAAGGUCAUCCAUGCUCUGUACAAGCAGUGGCCUGAGGACAGGAGCGUAGAUCUGUACAGCGUGAACGUGCCGUUGGUUGAGGGCGUUGAGGGUCACAAGACGGUAUUCACCGAAGUCUUACAGAACUACUGGCGGGAUGGUAGCUGCUUCCAGGAGGCAGAGGCCGAAGAUGAAGACGAACAAGAGGAGGAGAUCCGCAAGGGUGAGGUGGAAGGGAGCAAACGCGAGGAGAAUGGCAAGGGCCACAAGCACAAGCACUUCAAGUGGGCGCCCCGGUUCACUGAUGUGUACAAGAGCGUCGAGGAGUCAGGCCCAGGCAAUGACGGCUGGGUUGUCAAAGAGGGUCAGACCAGCAUCACACCACUCAAGGCCAACUUUGCCAGUGCUCUUGGAGAUAAGUCUCGAGAGUUGGUACUACCGUCUUCACAGCACAUGACUGAAGCCUUGCCUUCCAGGAGCAAGGUUCAAGAGCCAUCUUUUGAGGCAGUUGUGGCGUAUGACGACCCAUAUGUCCAACCACUAAUUGUGUCGGCGCUCAAGAAGACAUUCCCACAGGAUACCGUCCGCAUAAGCGAGGCCCUGACAUCGUCCUUCCACUCUGCGACAAAGACUGUCGCUAUCACUGCCUACGAAGCCAUCGACUUUGAACACGCCGCAGCCAACCCGCGCGACUUUCUCAUCAACAGCUACAUGAUCCGCAAAGCGCUGAUACGAAAGCACUUUUUGUCCACGACGAUUGACCACUGGACUGCCAAGAACCCAGACUCGAUCCUCAAACGCUCUUUCAAGCGGAGCGAGCACUUCGAGGUGGAUUACGCCGAGUUCCUCGACGAUGCCCUCAUUGAAGCGUUUGAUCUGCGAGAGAGUAUGGAGAGCAACGAAGAGAAGGACAUCAAGGACAGAGAAUGGUGGAUACUGAAACCUGGCAUGAGUGAUAGGGGACAGGGAAUCAAGCUCUUUAGUUCCAUGGAUGAACUGCAGGGUAUCUUCGACAAGUGGGAGGAGGACCGACCAGACUCUGACGACGAGGAAGACGAAGACGAGGAGCAACAAGGGAAGGGCGACUAUAUCACCACCUCCCACUUGCGGCACUUUGUUGCCCAGCCAUAUAUCCACCCGCCUCUUCUGCUCCCAGGCGACGAUCGGAAAUUUCAUAUCAGAACCUACGUUUGCUGCGUGGGAGCUCUCCGAGUCUACGUCUAUCAGGACAUGCUGGCACUCUUCGCAGCAAAGUCAUACAAGGCGCCGUACGAGGAGUCCGACGACAUUGAAACCUUCCUCACGAAUACCUGUCUCCAAUCGUCACCGAACGAGAACACCGUCCAGCUCCUGUCCUCCUUGCCACUAGACAAGUCAACAUUGGAAUCGAUCACAAAGCAGAUUGGCGAGAUCACAGGCGAGCUGUUUGAAGCUGCGGCCUGGGCCAUGCCAAUUCACUUCCAGCCCAUGCCCAAUGCUUUUGAAGUAUUUGGACUGGACUUCUUGGUCGACAGCAAUGGCAGCGUCUGGGGAUUGGAGGUGAAUGCCUUCCCUGACUUUAGACAGACGGGAGGCGAGCUCAAGGGUGUCGUGGAGGGUUUCUGGGAAGGGGUGGUGAACAACGGGGUGAAACCUUUCUUUGGAAUGGAUCAGGGACCGGCUGACAAGCUGACGUUGGUGAGGGAUGUCGACCUUGGGAGACGAUGAUGAUCUUGCACCUAGGGGGGGCAUUCACAUAUGCGCCACAUCCCGGCCCAGCCAUCAUUGUUCGAGGUAAGAAACCAUCCGUCACGCAAUGUUAUGGAAACCAUACAGGUAGGAUACGGAAGAAUAUUCUCAACGCAAUUAUUGUCACGACUCUCACGAGAUAGAUCACAAGCUAUAGGUUAGGCUACGGGCUGGUUGGUCAGACGCUUUCGCGAUAGCCCCACUACGGUCUUGGCACAGGCGAGCUAAGCUCUAAUCAGCUACGGGAGCCUUAUCCGUUCGACAUGAUGUAAUUGCUCAA